CUAUAGCAACUCUAAGGAUGAAGACUAUGUUAGAAGAGACGGGACUUCAAGAAGCAGAAGUAUUAAAGCCCAAAAAGUGGAAUUCUAAAAAAUGUGCGAUUUUGGCGGUAUCUGUCUGCGUCGUGGUGGUUGUAUCGCUGACGCUGCUCUUCGUUUUGAAGGAUUUCUGGAAACAGCUUCCAGAGAAGGUCUAUGACGCGGAAUACAAAUUCUUCAGCGCGGGCGAGCAGACGAGGGUGUUAAUGGAAAUUGAUCCGCGCAACAGAAUUGAAACUUUUCGGACGGAGAACGGUUCAGACAGAGCGCUGGAGAUCCACGACUUUAAACACGGCAUCACCGGAAUUUACUUUGCUGAUCUACAAAAAUGCUUCAUCAAGACUCAGAGCAAAGAAAUACCUGAGUUUGCUGAGACGGAGUUAGUGGAGCUCGAGGAAGGUGAAAUCACUACAACCAUCUAUGAACAAUCUGUGUUCUGGGUUCCUGCUCAAGAGCCAAUACAAGACCGAGAAUUCAUGAGGAAUUCCAGAAUCUCUGAAAUAUGUAACAAUGCUUCCGUGCACUGGAUUUAUCCUUCCUCUGCAACAGCUCCCGAAUUUCAAGACUUUGAAGAUGGAGAAGUCAAAGACGGAUCUAUAAUGCAUCCUAACAGAACAGAUCAGAGGGAAGAUAAACAGAAUAAGCGUCAAGGCAGAUCACUGACUGAGGAGGACCUGCCCAUUAAUGACUACAGAGAAGUCGGACUGGAAUUCAACCCCAUGUGGGACCAUCGAGGCUUCUGCUGCCAUCACUGCCGCCGCGGACAGCGGUACUGCCAGAAAGUCUGCGAGCCCAUGCUGGGGUAUUACCCCUACCCAUACUGCUACGGGUCGGGGCGCGUGAUCUGCAGGAUCAUUAUGCCCUGUAACUGGUGGGUGGCCCGGAUGUUGGGCAGAGUGUGAGCAAGUCUGAUACCAUUAUUUUAUUCUACAAGAAGAAUUGCCAUC